AUGUUGAUAAACCAACUUUUUUCAGUUUUCCAAAAGAUUCUGCAUAAUGUGAUAUUUGGAUGUAAUUCUGAACAUUGGAUGACAUCAGGUAAAGAAACUCUGAUUAAAAGCCAUGAAUUAUGUUCCAAACAUUUCACAAAAUGGAUUACAAAAAAUCCAAAACCAAAUAGACUUGCCAGAUGCAAUUCCGCGCAUAUGUCUAAUUCUCAAUAUUCAACACUUGAGUCGUAUAUAAAGUGUCAAUUGAAACCGUUUCUUCAGGUGCUCAUACUCCAAAUUCUUUAUCUGCUGGAUAUCUCCACAAAAUCGUUCAUUGCAAAAAAACUUUGA